AUGUCAGUGCCAUUGUGUCGUUGUCGUGUACUGUACAUUGGUAGUGCAGUACCAACAAUCACAAAAGAUGGCCUUCAAGGCAUCCAACAACCAUUAAAAGAGAAAUAUAUUGGAGAGAACGGUCAAGAAUUAAAGGGAAUCGACGCUUGGUUAUCCGUUUGGUCCAAUGGCAUACUAUUGGAGUAUGUGGAUGGUACUAAGACUGUGGAACACGCGUUCUAUCCUAUUCAGAGCUUACAUUACUGCGCGGCUGUUAGAUAUGUUCAGGUAAGUCGGGAAUUUCUUAAAAUUGCAGAAACUUUGUUCACAAGGCAUACAACAGCAAGAACUUUCUUUACAAAACAAAAAAUUGCAAGAACUUUCUUCACAACUCAUAAAAUGGCAAGAACUUUUUUUCAAAAUUUCAAUUUUCAGGUAAACGCUUUCACCCUAGAAGCCCAAGGCCGUUUCCUCCCCCUCGACGCUCCUAUGGCUCAACACCAUGCCAAUCCCAACAACCCUUCCCAUCCUCCUCUAUUCGCUGCCAUUUUCCGUCGACAAACCGGAGUCAAAGUACUCGAAUGUCACGGUUUCAUAUGCACAAGUGAACAUGCUGCCAAUUCGCUAGUACGAUGCUGUUUCCAUUCAUACGCCGACACAACAUACAUGAGAUUAAAUGACAAACGUGAUAAGAACAGAAGCCGAAGCGAAUCGCCAAUUGAAAGUGAACAACAAGCCAGCGAAAUGGAACCAUUACAAGAUGAAGGACCAAAGGAGGAUCAGGAAUGGCAAGACAGAGCUAUCGAUCGAAAGACUUGGCAAUGGAGACAAAAGAGCGGCGAGUAUGACACUAGCAGCAUGGUAUCGUCAUUGUAUGUGAAGAAGAGUCCAAAGAAGGGCAAAAAGACUGAUACACAAAGCGAGGUUUAUGAGCAUGGUAAGUCGUUUAGAAUAUGAAAAUAAAUUGAAAUUGAAGUAGUUUAGAAAAAAUAAAGGUGGACAAAGCGUAAAUGAGCUGUUUGAUGUAGAUUUGACUAUUUUGUUACCUAAAAAACAAAAAAUUAUAAAAAACGACUUACAAAUCGACUUUUGAUAUUGUAGUAGGCGCACGGAUAACUGGGCCGAUCGGACAACUGGGCCGAUUUGCCUUAUAGUAUGUCCGGGCUAUAUAUUCUUAAUAAUAUCGUAGUAAACUGCAAUGUUAAUUGUUAAAUACCACAAUAAAGUCGUAUUUACCUCAACAUAUUUAUAUAUACCAUAGUAAAUGAUGGUAUAUUUGCAAAACAAUAUUAAAUACUUGUAAUAUAUAAUAGUUCUACAUAAUUUUGGUAACAUAUUACUAUGUAAGUGACUUUUAAAGUAAAGCCAUGAUUUUACUACAUGUAUAUACCAUGAUAAGUCAUGGUAUCUUGGCAAAAGUUGACUAAAUUAAACGUGGCGGAGGCUUUAUGGAAUACGGCGGAUAAGGUAAGGUAUGGUACAGUUUUGUAUGGCAUUGUAAGGUAUGGUAUGGUAGAUAGUAUAGAGCAUGGCAUAGUAUGUUAUGGUAUGAUAAGAUAUGGUAUUGUAUGGUAUGGUAUAAUAUGAUAUGGAAGAUAUGGCGUCGUAUUGUAUGGUAAAGUAUGGCAUUUUAUAAUAUGUUAGGGUAUUGUAGGGUUUGGUAUGGUAGAUAGGAUAGGAUAUUGCACAGGACUUUGUAUGGUAUAUUAUGUAAGAUGGGUAGGAUAAAAGGGGCAAGGGUAAAGUUGGGUACUGCUAAAAAGUUUAGAGGUAAGGUCGGGUAGAGGCCCUAAAGCCUACGCCGACCCUCCGCCGAAUACCCUGAAGCCUCCGCCGACUCUCCGCCGAAUACCCUGAAGCCUCCGCCGACUCUCCACCGAAUACCCUGAAGCCUCCGCCGACUCUCCGCCGAAUCCCCUGAAGCCUCCGCCGACUCUCCGCCGAAUCCCCUGAAGCCUCCGCCGACCCUCCGCCGAAUCCCCUAAAGCCUCCGCCACAUUUAAUUUAGUCAACUUUUGCCAAGAUAGCAUGACUUACCAUGGUAUAUACAUGUAGUAAAAUCAUGGCUUUACUUUAAAAGUCACUUACAUAGUAAUAUGUUACCAAAAUUAUGUAGAACUAUUAUAUAUUACAAGUAUUUAAUAUUGUUUUGCAAAUAUACCAACAUUUACUAUGGUAUAUAUAAAUAUGUUGAGGUAAAUACGACUUUACUGUGGUAUUUAACACUUAACGUUGCAGUUUACUACGAUAUUAUUAAGAAUAUAUAGCCCGGACAUACAAUAAGGCAAAUCGGCCCAGUUGUCCGAUCGGCCCAGUUGUCCGGACGCGUUGUAGUAGAUUGAAUUUCCUGUUUGUCGUGAUUUACAAGCUAAAAACUUCUUUAAAACUUCAGUAACAUUCACAAAAUCCUUCUUAUAACUUUCACCAGUUAUUCUUCAUGUUUUCAAAUACAAAACGGGCCCAAUUUCUCGUAUAUUACCUAAAAUAGCUCUAAAGCAAUAUCAGGAUACAAAGAGUUGUUAAACCAACCAACUAACUUUCAAAACACUAUGAAGGAUCGUAGAUGAGUAAAAAUGGCCAUGUUAUUAUCUAAAAACACAAAAAAAUACUAAGAAACAACUUACCAAUUGACUUCCGAUCUUGUUGUAGCUUGAGAACCUUCUUUCAACGAGAACCUGUUGUCUAUCGUGCUUUAUGAGCUAUAAUUAUUCCUCAAACAAGUAAAAAGAUUAUCAACAUCUUUUUAAACUAUUAUUUAUGCUUUUUACUUCAAAACAAACCUAAAUCCUCAACUGUUACCUAAAACAGGGCUAAAACAAUAUCGAGAUGUUAAUGCGUUAGAAAAACAUUCCUAAAACGUUGACAGGUCAAAGCGUAGUUAAAAUAACUAAUGCUUUACCUAAAACAACAAAAAUAUUAAAAACGACUUACCUAUCGACUUUCGAUAUUGUUUUAGGUUCAAUCUGGCAGAUGUUUUCAGAAUUUUAUCUGGAAGCUCACUAAAACAAAAUAAAACUGGGGAUUUUGAUGAAAAAUAUGAAGCUUGAGUAAAUAUUACUAUUUUACAAAGUAUAGAAGGCUUUUACAUUAGAAUACUAAGAGAAAUAAAGAGAAGUUGACGAGAAUAUUAUCCAUGAAGGAAGUUUCGAAAAAAUAUUUAUUUUUUGCAAAAAUUUUUAUUUUUUUUUGGCUUUCAAGGUUAAAAUUGAGUAAAAAAACUAUUUUAUGGCUAUUUCAAACCAAAAAUUCAAUAUAAUAUUAUAGUCUAAUAACUUACAUUGAUAUUUUUUCAGAAAACGCCGUCGUUCCAUUCACAGCGCAGCAACGUCGAGGUGGAUCACAAACUGAUGUUCGUGUAAAUGGCGUAAACCAAGAGGAAAACUACUACACAUUCUCCGGAGGACCACCUGGUGCUACCUUCGUCCCACCAGGUCCUAAUCAACCACAAGAUCAACGAACACCAUCUUCAGCGAGGCGUGGGCCGCGAUUGGCCGCCUAUCCUCCGCCAUUCCCUCCGCCGCACUUUAUGAAAGGGCAUCCACCCCCAUUCUUUGGCCCAUACCCUCCACCACCACCUCAUUUUAUGCCAAUGCCCCCACCUCCGGGCGUUCGGGGUGGUAGUAUGCCACCACCGCCUCAUAUGCGGUUUGGUUUCGCCCCACCGCCCAUGUUUCCUGGAUUCUACCCGCCCCCGCCUCACUUUUUCCACGCCCAACGGCCUCAGUCGCCGGUGGCUGGUGAUGGUCCAAUUAUCACUGAAGCCAUAUAUGACACUUACCCUAGACGUCACUUUGAGGAGCCUAUCUAUGGUCCUGGCUCACAUUAUGGUACUCAUGGUACUCAUACUCCAAACCCAGCCAGCCAUUACGGUAUUCAUACCGUACCCAACACUCCAGGUCAAAACGCGUAUCGUGUGAAUCAGAAUCGAGGUGAACAUCGUGCAGCAUCGCCGAGCCAACAGUACUACGAAGGCUACUACGAUACCUACAAGAGUCGGCAGAAGAAGGAGUCGGAUUCUGAUACCAGCGUGGACGAUUCCCAAUUCUGGGAAGCCUACGAAGCCGGAGCCUAUAAGAAGCCGACCAAGGGUGACACAUUGGGUCGAGGACGUGCUGACAAGUCACCAGCACCAAGUCGAGUACAUGGUGUUCAAGCUUCUGUGGAUUCUACCACGCCCCAACGAAGAAACAAAGACUUUACGCCCUCGGGUAACAGGAGAAGUCGGCCUAUUAGUCCACCAGCUGAUUAUGAGAGGAAUAGUGUGCUGAUCGAUGGAAAUGCUCAAGUACGACAGGCCGCCGUGUUUUAA